AUGGAAUUCAAGAAUUCAUUAUUGAUCGAGCUGUUGAUUGUGCAAUGCCUAUUAGUUUGUUGCCUAGCUCAAGGUUUUGAUUUCUUCUACUUUGUCCAACAGUGGCCAGGAUCAUACUGCGACACACAACAGAGUUGUUGCUAUCCCACCACAUGGAAACCGAACUCAGAUUUCGGUAUCCAUGGACUUUGGCCGAAUAACGACGACGGCUCUUACCCAUCAAAUUGCGAUCCUAACAACCCUUUUGAUCAAUCAGAGGUUUCCGACUUGAUCAGCAGCUUGCAAACGAGUUGGCCAACACUGGCAUGCCCGAGCGGUAACGGAGUGUCGUUCUGGUCACAUGAAUGGGAUAAACAUGGGACAUGCUCCGAGUCGAUGUUUGAUCAGCACGGGUAUUUCCAGUUGGCUCUCAACUUAAAAGGACAAUUAAACCUACUUCAAAUUCUUCAGGGGGCAGGAAUUAACCCGGACGGGGGGUCGUAUAGCUUGAGCAGCAUUCAAGGAGCAAUCAACAAUGCAAUUGGGUCUACUCCAUGGAUAGAGUGCAAUGUUGAUGAAUCUGGAAAUAGCCAAUUAUUCCAAGUUUAUAUUUGUGUGGACAAUUCUGGAUCAAACAUUAUUCAGUGCCCAAUUAUGCCAAAUAGUGGAAAGUGUGGUUCAAGUACUAUAGAGUUUCCUACUUUCUAG